AUGGCUAAUGGACUAGCUAUUCGUGUUCUGUCCACUUUGGACGCGCCUACAGGGCAUGUCUUUGCUCAACCUAUCAAAAAGAUCCACGAAUCGCAAGAUGUAUCAGCCUUUCUUACCUCAAAAGCUUACACUGACAUCAUGACCUGGGUUCUACAACUCAAUCGAUCCAUGUUCCCAUUGAAACUGCCCGAUAACACCACUCAAGCUUGGACUAUCAACAGCGAUGCCAUUCAAUAUUCUGGCCCCGUCCGCCAACUUCAACGACUCCUCCUCAAACUCGAAGACAUCAUACAAGAAGUUCCUCCGGACACCGGUCCACGCAGGUUCGGAAAUAUUAGCUUCCGGAGAUGGUGUGAGGUUGUUGAUAGCCGCGCCUCCGAUCUAUUGAAAGAAUGCCUUCCAGCUGAACUCUUGCAGCAAGGAGCGUCACAGAUUGAGGGUGCGACGGCGGAAACUGAGUUGAAGGCAUACCUGAUGGGCAGCUGGGGAAGCGGACAGCGCUUGGACUACGGCACGGGCCAUGAGUUGAGCUUCCUCGCUUUCCUCGGUGGUAUCUGGAAGCUGAAUGGCUUUCCCAAAGCUGACCCAGGCGUGGAGGAAAGAGCCAUUGUCAUAGGGGUGAUUCACCCGUACCUGGAUCUUAUCCGCAAACUCAUAAAGACAUAUAACCUGGAACCUGCCGGCUCUCACGGUGUCUGGGGACUUGAUGAUCAUUCAUUUGCUCCUUACAUAUUCGGGUCUGCCCAACUUUCACCAGCAAUCACUGAGGGUGACCUCACUCCCGAGGAGGGCUCAUUGCUCAAUGCAGCAGAUCCAGGGGGCGUCGCGAAAGCAAAUAUUGUUGAAAAGGAACGUCAGACUAACUUAUACUUCGCGGCAAUUGGUUUCAUAUAUGACGUGAAAAGAGGCCCUUUCUGGGAGCACAGCCCCAUGCUUUUUGAUAUUUCCGGUAUCCGCGCCGGUUGGGGCAAGAUUAACAAGGUUUGUAUCUCGACUCUCUGCGAUGGUGAUUGGGCUAACAAACAGCAGGGGAUGAUUAAGAUGUAUAACGCGGAAGUUCUCUCAAAAUUCCCAGUGGUACAGCAUUUCCCAUUCGGUUCUCUUUUCAGUUGGGACCGUGAUCCAAAUGCGAUCCCUCCUCCUUCUACGGCACAUACAACUUCUGGUCCCCAGGCACGUCCCGUUGCACCAGAUCAAGGCAUGCCUUCUGUUGCUGCCACGCGCCCAAUCCCUGGGGCUGGGACUCAGGCUCCCUGGGCCAAAUCUGGAUCAGCUGGACAGCCUUCUUUCGUAGGCACAACAACAGCGCCAUGGGCGGGGGCUAGGAGAGAAGGUGCCCCAGCACCAUCGGCUGAUGGCUCAACAAGGAUACCUCCUAUUAUGCCAGAUACCUCAAGGAUGCCCCCGGGUGCUAUGGCUCCUACCAGAGCACCCUGGGCAUCUGGUCAACCUGCGCAGUCAUCUUCACAAAGAGACAGUCCUGGUGCUCAAACUAAGGCACCCUGGGCAAGAUAA